GUUAACACUCACCUCGAACGCUCCUCUUCGUUCCCUCUUGGCCCACCCUCAGCGUCACGGCCCCAUUCUCCAGCAGUUCCGUCAUGUAAGCCUGCGUCCUCUCUAAGGAUCAUGGAGAUCCCGAACGCGUCGGUCAACAUAUCCCGGUUCCUAGGACCCAGAGUGGGUCCCUUUCCUCCGGCCACGAGAGUCAUCGUCCCUCCCCCUUCCACGUCGAAAUCCGCCUUGAGCUCCAGUCCCCUCGCCAGAGUAUAGAUCAACACGAUACCCGAGGUUAAUGGAAGAUGAAUCGGCAUUGACAAUGAGCCAUGAGCAUGUACCGGUCGGAGUUCUGCCUUUUGGCUCCACGCUAAUUCGCCUUUAUACCUUCUGCGUUGACCAUGACAACCACCAUUCUCCACCUAUUCCAUGGCGCAGUGGCACGUCCCCAGCGCGGAGAGCUCCAGGUCUCCAACUCCAUUCCCCAAGUCCAGAAUGAUUCCCCCACAAACUGCCCUCUGCUUAUCACGCCAGCAUGCUUCAUCUCGCUUGGUUCACACAGCGCCGGUCCUGAUGCCGACCAGCGACCAGGCUGGCCGCCAUCGAUCAUGGUGCGACACGGUCUCGCUUCUUGCUUCUCACCGCCUGACGGCCGUGUUCUCCAACACAAUGAUGACCUACAAAGAAUUGUCGCUCAGUCUUCUCCGCUAACAUCGUCUCCAAGUACUCGGUACCGCACCAUGUUCGACUCCAAGAAGGAUCCACGUUCGACUCGUGGCCGCCUCGUGGUUCGCCAGUGCAAAGGGAAUAUAAACCCCUGAUCGGCCCUGCGAGGUCGUUUGUGCCUUGUUCGAUCUUUCUCAUUUGUAUCUGUAUCCACCUGUCGAGCCACCCUCGUUCUUCAGCAUGGGCGUGUUCAAGCAUGGCACUGGGGAAGCGGCCAACGCGUCGCACUCGGCCAAGGCCAACACGUACAACUUUACUGUCGUCUUCUUCAGCGCAUUAGGUUCAUUUACGUACGGAUACAACUCAUCCAUUAUCGGUUCCGUCUUUGGUUUGCCCGCAUUCUGGGAUUAUUUCAACCUUUCUCUUACUGGACCAAAUGCCAACAAGGGAAAUGAUAUAAUCGGCGCUGCCAAUGGUCUGUUCGCUGGGGGAGGCAUAAUCGGUGCUCUCAUCGUCAACUGGAUUCUCAACAGACUCGGCCGUUGUAGGUCCAUUCAGAUAGUCUGUGCCAUCUGUGUUAUCUCGGCCGCGAUCCAAGGGGGCGCGGCUCAUAUUGCUAUGUUUCUCGUUGGACGCUUCCUGAAUGGCAUCGGCGUCGGCAUGAUGCAAGUCACCGUGCCUGCGUACAUGUCGGAGUUGUCGCCUGCAAAGCAACGAGGUCGAAUAACGGGUUCACACGGGGUCCUGAUUGUCUGUGGUUACGGGUCGGCCGCAUUCACCGGUCUGGGCUGCUAUUUUGCAGCGCCUCAAGUACAGUGGCGACUAUGUCUCAGUCUGCAGAUUGUUGCGCCCUUGAUCCUUCUCAUUGGCUCUCCCUGGUUGCCCGAAUCCCCUCGUUGGCUCAUUUCAAAACACAAAGAGCGGCACGCGCUCGAGAUUCUCCAGAAACUGCACAGUCGACCAGAUGAUCCAUCAGGCCUGGCAGCCAAGGAGGAAUUCUACCAGAUCUCCAAACAGAUCGAGCUGGAGAAUGCGACUGGUGUGCAUGGAAUCUGGGGCAUGCUCAAGCGUGCUUCGUAUCGCAAGCGAAUAUAUUCGGGCCUCCUGGUGCAGUGCGCGGCUCAGUCGACAGGCGUCCUCGUGAUCAACAACUAUCAAGUCCUCCUGUACAACAACCUAGGAUUGUACGGGUGGCUCCCCCUCCUCCUUUAUGCCAUCUACACCUCGUGGGCCGCCUUCAUGAAUUGGAUCAACGCCAUGCUGCUUGAUCGCCUCGGACGCAUUCCCAUCAUCACCUUCGGCCUGACCGGCUGCAUUUGCAUGAUGAUUGUCGAGACUGCCAUGGUUGCCACUUAUGCAGGAACACCCAACAAGGGCGGGAACGCCGUGGGUGUCUUGUUCUUGUUUCUCUUCGUGACAUUCUAUGGUGGCAGCCAGGACGCUAGCAGCUACGUUUACUGCAGCGAAAUCUUUCCAACUGGUGUACGCGCCCAUGGACUGGGCACCUCAAUUGCCGGUCUUUUUGCGUCGACACUACUCUACACGGAGGUCGCACCGACAGCAUUCGCUGACAUUGGAUGGAAAUAUUACCUCGUCUUUAUCAUUGUUCCGGCUGCCUGCCUGCCAUUCCUGUGGCGCCUCCCCGAAACCAAUGGGCUCUCGCUUGAAGAGAUUGCCGCAAAGUUCGGUGACGAAGUUGCCGUCGACAUCUCACAUCUCGACGAGGAGCGCCGGCGCGCGCUUGACGAGCGCCUUAUGGCGGUUGGUGUCGACAUGACUGCGUCGCCGCCAAGUGAGGGCGAGGUCGUGGCUGAGACCAAGGAGACUAUCGUGGCAAACCAUAAAGAGUCUGCUUGAAGUGACGGCACGCUGGCAUCUGAAUGGUAUAACAUCCCAUAGCCAAUACUGCUGGAGAGAGUAGAAUGUUUGGUAGACCACAUUAAUGCAGACUAUCUUGGUGUG